AUGACGGGUCUAAUUGACAAGCACCGGGGGGUGGUGGAGACCGUUCCAACAAGUGAUAAGAUGUUCUCUCUCCUCCUCGACGCCAACUCCUACGUCAACACCAUCAACACCUGGGCUGAGCCGCACAACGCUAACGGCGUCACCCCCAACACCGUCAUCGAUUCCAACGACGAGCCCCCCUGCAACAACCAGCAGCGCAUGGUUGCUCGCGGAUACUAA